GCUCGGGAUAACGGGAAGUAAACCCCGGGGCGACACUAGCGAAGGACCUAUCACAUUGACGUUGCACUUAAGAUCCCGUACGGCUAGUGGGAUUCGAAUUCCUCUCCUCUGGCAAAGGAUUAUGGGAGCACCUAUCGAACUGGGCUACUGCAGACGGUGGUUCAACAGGAAUUAUUAUUAUUAUUAUUUUUUUUUUUGUAAAAGAUUUUCUGCGUGGGAAAAAGAAGGGCUUUCUAUUUCGUUUGUUCAGGAGCUGAAUUUGGCGGGUUCAGCUCUCUGUUGAGGUUGAUAUCAAUGGCGGAGGAAGAACAAAAGGAGGCGUUGUUGCAGAAGCAUUACUAUGAGAAUUGCCCCGGCUGCAAAGUCGAGAAGCUUAAGGAAUCGCAGAGAGGCUUGCCAAUUCGCGAGCUCGUGUCAAUCUGGAUCGUUGUGCUCUGCAACGCGCUGCCAAUAUCAUCCCUAUUUCCGUUCCUUUACUUCAUGAUUAGAGAUUUCCAUAUCGCCACAAGAGAGGAAGACAUUGGGUAUUAUGCCGGUUAUGUAGGUUGUUCAUUCCUGUUUGGUAGAGCCUUGACGUCGAUUUUCUGGGGAGUUGUGGCAGAUCGAUACGGCCGAAAACCAGUCAUAAUUAUGGGAACAAUUGCUGUGGUUAUCUUCAACACUCUCUUCGGCCUGAGUGUGAACUUUUGGAUGGCCGUUGCGAUGAGGUUUCUUCUAGGAAGUUUAAAUGGUUUACUCGGACCGAUCAAGGCUUAUGCAACCGAAUUGUUCCGUGAGGAGUACCAAGCGCUAGGAGUAUCGACCGUUAGUACAGCAUGGGGGAUAGGAUUGAUUAUCGGUCCAGCUCUGGGGGGUUAUCUUGCCCAGCCCGCAGAAAAGUUCCCUUCGAUAUUCUCCGAAGAAUCGGUGUUUGGAAGAUUUCCCUACUUCUUGCCCUGUCUCACCAUCUCGCUUUUUGCAGUGGUAGUUUCUAUCGCAUCCUGCUGGCUUCCGGAAACAUUGCAUAAGCACCACGAAAAUAGCAAGCUUGAUGAGUCUUGCAAAGAUGUGGAGACUGCCUCCCUCGAGUCUGGUGUGAAAUGCAAGACACAAAAUAUCGAAGGAAAAGCUUCAAAAAAGUCUCUUCUUCGUAAUUGGCCCUUGAUGUCGGCCAUCAUGGCGUACUGCAUCUUCUCGCUUCAUGACAUGGCUUACUCGGAGAUCUUCUCGCUGUGGGCCGUAAGCCCCAGGCGACUAGGGGGUUUAAGCUACACGACUGAAGAUGUUGGAACUGUUCUUUCCAUCUCAGGUGCCGGCCUUCUUGUCUUCCAAACGUGUUUAUACCCAUACGUGGACAAACUUCUUGGCCCCGUUUUAGUAGCCCGCAUUUGUGGGAUCUUAUCGAUUCCGCUCUUGUCGAGCUACCCUUAUAUAGCCAUGCUGACCGGGCUAAGUCUCUCCAUAGUGCUGAAUUGCGCAUCAGUCACGAAGAAUGUUCUAUCUAUUUCCGUCUUCACCAGCUUGUUCCUUCUGCAAAACAAAGCCGUUGAUCAAGAUCAGAGAGGAGCUGCUAAUGGAAUCGCGAUGACUGCCAUGUCUAUCUUCAAGGCGGCCGGUCCAGCUGGAGGAGGCGCAAUAUUCUCUUGGUCACAGAAGCGUCAGGACGCGGCCAUUCUCCCAGGCAACCAGAUGAUCUUCUUCAUUUUGAACGUGGUCUUGGUGAUCGGGGUGCUGAUGACGUUCAAGCCGUUCCUCGUCCAGCGCCGUCACUAAAAGAGAGUAGAAUUGAACCUGCACGAACUCUAAGUACAGCGCUGCCAAAACUCAGAGCAGAGCUUGCAAACUAUCAGCUGCCAUUCGAUUCUUUCGCAAGCCGAGUCGAGUAGAGCUUGUCUCCUAUAGACCUAAUCAUGGUUCUAAGGGGUGUGUUAGGACCUCCAGGCCGGAAGCACAAUUUAAGCGGCUUAGGGUAACUCCUUAUUUGGCCCGAUCAUUGUAUUUAGAGCAUAGUACAUAAUUUAUGUCAUGGGCGAGCCUAAAUAUGAAAGUCUAGGUACGAUACAUCAACACUUUCUGACCGUUGAUCAGGUCUAGUCUAUGGUUUUGUUACUUGAUUCAAGAGUA